AAGGUGAAAGAGCUUUACCAUCAAUACCAAAGCUGGCCAACAAUGAGAAGCAAGGAGUAAGGUCACACACAGUCUCUGUGUCAGGAGUCAAUCACUGUCAGCAUAAAGUAAAGAAAGCUAGACGCUUUCUCCCUUUCGUCUUCUGUUCCCAUGAGCCGCCACCUAAGGAUGAAAUUAGUGGGGACGAGACAGAUGACUAUGCAGAGAUUAUAGAUGAAGAAGACACUUACACAAUGCCAUCAACCAGAGAUUAUGAAAUUCAAAGGGAGAGAAUUGAACUGGGGCGCUGCAUUGGUGAAGGACAGUUCGGAGAUGUACACCAAGGAGUUUACAUGAGUCCGGAAAAUCCAGCUAUGGCUGUUGCAAUCAAAACAUGUAAAAACUGCACCUCAGACAGCGUUAGAGAAAAAUUCUUACAAGAAGCCUUAACAAUGCGUCAGUUUGAUCAUCCUCACAUUGUGAAGCUCAUUGGAGUUAUUACAGAAAACCCAGUUUGGAUAAUCAUGGAGCUCUGUACUCUUGGAGAGUUGAGAUCAUUUUUACAAGUAAGAAAAUACAGCUUGGAUCUGGCCUCUCUGAUACUUUAUGCUUACCAGCUUAGCACAGCACUUGCCUACUUAGAGAGCAAAAGAUUUGUACAUAGGGAUAUUGCUGCUAGAAAUGUCCUGGUAUCUGCCACUGAUUGUGUGAAAUUAGGUGACUUUGGUUUAUCCCGAUACAUGGAAGACAGUACUUACUAUAAAGCUUCCAAAGGAAAAUUACCUAUCAAAUGGAUGGCUCCAGAGUCAAUCAACUUCCGACGGUUUACCUCGGCUAGCGAUGUGUGGAUGUUUGGUGUUUGUAUGUGGGAGAUCCUAAUGCAUGGGGUAAAGCCCUUCCAGGGAGUGAAGAACAAUGAUGUGAUUGGGCGAAUUGAGAACGGUGAGCGGCUCCCAAUGCCUCCAAACUGCCCUCCUACCCUCUACAGCCUUAUGACCAAGUGUUGGGCAUACGACCCUAGUAGACGACCCAGGUUUACUGAACUUAAAGCACAACUCAGUACAAUACUGGAGGAAGAGAAGCUGCAGCAAGAAGAACGAAUGAGAAUGGAAUCCAGGCGACAAGUCACAGUAUCCUGGGACUCAGGAGGAUCGGAUGAAGCUCCUCCCAAGCCCAGUAGGCCUGGUUACCCUAGUCCGAGAUCCAGUGAAGGGUUUUAUCCAAGUCCACAGCAUAUGGUACAGCCAAAUCAUUACCAGGUGUCUGGCUACCCUGGUUCUCAUGGGAUACCAGCCAUGGCAGGCAGCAUUUAUCCUGGGCAGGCUUCUCUCUUGGAUCAAACAGAUUCCUGGAACCAUCGGCCUCAGGAAAUAUCAGUGUGGCAACCAAACAUGGAGGAUUCGGGCACUUUGGACAUACGAGGAAUGGGCCAGGUUCUACCCACACAUCUCAUGGAGGAGAGGUUGAUACGACAACAACAAGAGAUGGAAGAAGAUCAGCGCUGGCUCGAAAAAGAGGAACGAUUCCUGGAAGCCAGUGGGCAGGAAUGGAGAACAGAUCUUAAACCCGAUGUGCGGCUCUCUAGAAGCAGCAUUGACCGAGAGGAUGGAGGUCUCCAGGCCCCA